GAUUCGUCACUACCAAACAAACAUGGUGGCUUACCGACAGGUCCAUGUGCUUCUUGUGAAUCGAAACGGAUCUACUUGAAGUCAGUUUGAAUCAUUUGUCUUUCUUUCCAUCUUAUUUCUGAAAAGAAGAGUGAAGCUUUAAGCUCCGCGGUGAGCAUAAAGACAACAUGCAACACGACGACGUAAUUUGGGACCUUAUAGGCAACAGGCAGUUCUGCUCUUACAAAGUCAAGACCAAAAGUCAAAAUUUCUGUCGCAAUGAGUUCAACAUCACUGGCGUGUGCAACCGUUCGUCGUGUCCACUGGCCAACAGUCAGUACGCCACCAUCCGGGAGGAGAAAGGUCAGUGUUUCCUCUACAUGAAGGUGAUUGAGCGAGCGGCGUUUCCUGCCAAAUUAUGGGAGAAGGUGAAGCUGAGCAACAACUACGAGAAAGCUUUGGAGCAGAUCGAUGAGAACCUCAUCUACUGGCCUCGCUUCAUCCGACACAAAUGCAAACAACGCUUCACCAAGAUCACGCAGUACUUGAUCCGUAUGCGCAAGCUCGUUCUCAAGAGGAAGAAGAAACUGGUUCCUUUGAGCCGUAAGGUUGAGCGUCGGGAGAAGCGCAAGGAGGAAAAAGCUCUGAUUGCCGCACAGCUGGACAACGCCAUCGAGAAGGAGCUGCUGGAGAGGCUCAAGCAGGGAACGUACGGCGACAUCUACAACUUCCCCAUCGUGGCUUUCGACAAAGCGCUGGAGCAGCAGGAUGAGGAGUCAGAGGCAGAGGAGGAAAGUGAGGACGAGGUGGAGGUAGAGCAGGAUGACGAGGAUGUCGGGAGGCGGGAGUUUGUCGCCGACGAUGAGGUGGAAGAGAGUGACCUCAGUGACUUUGAGGAGAUGAACAACUUGAAGACGAGCAGCGACGAGGGGGAGCAAAGUGACAAAGAAAUGUCCACUGAUGAUGAGGGCACAGAAGCCAGAACAAGUCAGAAGGCGCGCGGCAAAGGCAAAUCUCCCGCCAAGGGUUCUGCGGCUCGAAAGAAGCGAGCAUACGUGGAGAUCGAGUACGAGCGGGAAACGGAGCAGCCGGCCACCAAGAGCUUCGCCACGUAGGAGCCGUCGCCAUCAAACUGAACUGUGAUGUUAGCGCAAACCCGGCAUCGCUGUCAAUCACAACUGCAAGUCCCGCGGCUACACAAAGUCCCCAAGAUGUUUGUUUACGUGCAGCAUUUUUUUUUGUAAAUCUACUUCCUCAUAUAUCAACAAUUAUGUGGACAUAAAAUGCUACACUGAAGGUCAUUGUAACCAUACAAAUGCCAAGUUUUGCAUAAUGUUUAAGUUCCAUUGUCUCCAAUUAAAUAGAGAAAUGUCUUAUUGGUCCAUUUUCUUUUUAAGCCUAAAUAUUUUUGUGACAAUAUUAUUGCUACAUAACUGUGGGGGGGGCAAUAUAAAUUAGGAUUUACAUUGAGUGACCCAUUUAAAAAAUUUAAUCUAAAAGGACAGCACUGUUGCCCUUUUGUGUAGAAAUGAACUCAGGUUCUAAAUGUAAAUGGCAAUUUGUGAAUUCAUUAUAUACUAAAAAAAAAAUCCUCAUAACUAAACAUGCAGUGGGUCAAAUUGAUCCAUGUCCCAGAGAAACACAAUAGGGUUCAUGAAAGUUACUUUUUAUUCUUCAUUAAAUCUUAAUGACGUCAUCCCAUAAUAUGACCACCAAACAUGGAGUCUUGAAUUAUUUACAAAAAUGUGAACCCCUGUAUUGGUUGCACAUGGAAGAAAAUGCGUACUCGUGUACAAUACAGUAUAAGUAAAAGUCGAACACGUUUACGUGAAGGCGCCCCCUAAAGGCUGUAGAGCCAUUUCAAAGUGAACAAAAAAUAUUUUUAAAAAUCAUUUUUGAUUGGUUGAAAUUUGAUUUUAAUCAUAGAUUUUAGUGGGAUUAAACGAUU